AGCCGGAGGCCGGCACUUCGGGCCGUCUACACCGAGGGGCACCGAGGGCCGAGUAGGGCGCACGGGGUGGGUCUCGACGGGAUUAGGCGCCCCCGGAGCCAGAGCCGCGCCUGCAUCCGUCCUCCUGGUCCCCCACGAAGGCACCGCGUGCGGGAAGGGGCGCGGGCACCCAACGAGGACUAGGAUGCAGCUCCGAGGCGUCCUCCUAGUCGCCCUCCUCACCCUGCUGGCGUUCACCUCCACGGCCGCCAAGAAGAAAGACAAAGUGAAGAAGGGCGGCCCCGGGGGCGAGUGUGCCGAGUGGACCUGGGGGCCCUGCACCCCCAGCAGCAAGGAUUGCGGCGUGGGCUUCCGCGAGGGGACCUGCGGGGCGCAGACCCAGCGCCUGCGCUGCCGGGUGCCCUGCAACUGGAAGAAGGAGUUUGGAGCCGACUGCAAAUACAAGUUUGAGAACUGGGGCGCGUGCGACGGGGGCAGCGGCACCAAGGCCCGCCAAGGCACGCUGAAGAAGGCGCGGUACAAUGCGCAGUGCCAGGAGACCAUCCGCGUGACCAAACCCUGCACCCCCAAGACCAAAGCCAAGGCCAAAGCCAAGAAAGGAAAGGGCAAGGAGUAGUGGCCAGGCCCAGAUGCCCGCCCCAUGGAACCGACCAGUGCCUUCCGUCUGCUGUUAGCUUUAUCAAUCGAGCCCCGCUGCUUCCCUGCCCCUACCCCCAAGUGCCCGGAGUGGGGAGAGCCAAGGGAUUAGGGGAGGGGGGAGACGAGGACUUGGGCCUCCCCCCCCAUGGGAUUCGGUUCCCUAGACCCCCUUUGUUCUCCCCCCCCCCCCAAUGAUGCCAUUACUAGGAAACAAAUAAACCAAACCAUGUUUUUCCCAAUAAAAGCUCUUGUUUUAAUAUAUAAAAGCCCCUUCCCAGGGAAUUUGCUGUGG